UAGUAAUAUGUAAGUAAUUUAUAAUUUGAACAGUAACUACGCAUAAAUAUUUCCUCUUUAUACUAUGCGGUGGUUGAAGCAUAAGUUUAUAAAAAUAUGCGUUGUAAUAGUUUUUGCAGUAGUUAGCUGUACAGACUGCUUACAUUUAGUUCCCGCAUCGUAUCCCUGUUGCGAUAACUUAAGUCCAUCACCAGACUUAGGCAGUGUUAUACUAUCGAAUACUCCCGGAGUAUACAAUCCACUUAACCUAGAUUCAGAAACAGAUCCCUUCAAAAGUGGACAAAAAACCUUUGGACUUAUAAUGCCUCCUCCGUUUGUACCUGAUGAUGAUACAAGCACUGGAUACCAGACCAAGGCUUUCAGCUGCUCUUUGAUACCAUGCCUCGAAGAAGAAAAAACGUCGCCUGUGUGCGCCUGCAACUUCAAUACGGGCAAUGUUGUUACUUUUAAAAAUAGUUGUGACGUUAAAAAACAUAACUGCAGGUUUGAUACAUCAUUCAAAGUUAUUCUAAACGAGAUUUGUCCCUGGGAAUAUGAAUCGCGACGAAGUAACAAAGAUUUUGAAAUCGACUACAAUGACUCUAAGUACUAUAAUAAAUAAUAAUUAUUUAAUAAAACGUGAACAAA